AUGGAUCCGGAACGAUCGCAACCACCAUGCUCGGGAGUAGUAUGGACUGCUUCGUCUAUUAUCAACAUCUCGGCUCUGGUGCUUAAUUCCUCAUUUGUUUUACAGGAACACCCAGGAUUUUCUCAUCGGGUUGACUUUGAAUCCUGUGAAGGGUUACCUAGCUUAUUGCGAGAGAGUUUUAAAUCCACCGCGGGUCACUCUGACGACAUUCUCCCACGGACGAUCUUUAAUGGAGUGACCGAGAACAAGGAGAGAGACGCGAAAGUUGACUUCUCCAUAAGUCUGGAGAAUCGGCCGGAUACCUCGAGCUCAUCUGCGAUUCGUGGCUUGGCGAUUUCAGGCCCUGAUACCACCAAUAUUGAUACUACGCUCCGCUCGACAAAGCAAGCAGGUCAAUCUCACGAAGAAAUGGGCAUGGGCUGUGCCCCCCAUCACUCUGACAUUCCCUCGUCUUCGCCACUUGAGCAUAUUGAAUGUGCCCAAUCAAACCCUUAUUUUACACCAGCGACAAUUGUCCGAGCGCAUAGUCCGGACUUUAGAACGGAUGUCGUGGGUAUACAAGAGCUUGUUAGUUCUUCGCCUCCGCCAUCCCCAUCGAUGACUUCAAACUAUUUGCAAAGUUCAAGCCCGAUCUCCAGCUCAAAUCCCAUGGAUAGGUCUAUUCAGACCCCUCCCACCUCGUCACCAACGGUUCCCGAAGAAUAUAGUCAAACACUUUCCGAAGGUGUUGAAGAGGAUUUCUACACGGAGCAAACAUACACCGCCUAUUCUCAUUACCCUUUGGACCAUGGGCCUUACCGCAAUAUGAAUCCACAUAUAUCCAAUGACUUCUUUCCACUGCCUGCUCCUCAACAACAUAUAAAUCCGCAACACCAUAUGAGUUCGAUAUCGGGUGCCCUGGUUCCCCCAACAUUUGUUCAGGACUUUUUAGAUGCAACGGCCGAACCCCCCAAGCAUGUCGAGCAAUACCCCCCACCUGAACUCAACCUUACUGCGUCUGAGGUUGAUCUACCGGUACCUGGACCCAGUAACCCACCUAUACGUCCACCUCCACCUGUUAUUGAAGCCAAAUCGAGUUCGGCACAAAAUCGACAGGUAGUACCAAAGAAUGUGGUGCCCAACCCCAAACGCCCCACACUGGCUGGAGUCAAACAACAGCAAAAGAAACUUUCGAGACCAUUUCGUUCACCUGUCAUACACGCCCCUGUUCGCUUAGCCCCAAAGCCGCCGACACCAUCAUCUGGGCCACUAAUAUCAUCCGCCAACUCGGCAAUUCUCAAAGAUGCGGCGGCGGAGACGGCGAAGGUACCAAACGCCGCUGCUGCUUCAUCUUCGUCUCAGCCAGCGGAUACGAAGAUAAAGCACAGGACUGCAAGGGCGUCCUCACAAUUCAAAUCGCCGCUUGCCUCGUCGUCAACAACAGCAGACGAAGCGGCGCUUGUGAGGUUGACGCCUACAAUCCAGUCUUUGGAACGAAAGCUGCAGCUUCUGAGGCGGGCGCUGAAAGUCAGAGAAGACGUGCAAGAAGAAGUUCUCGAAGGACUUGUGAACAAGUGGUCUGAGGCUGGUAAGGAGGUUGCCUGGGAGGUAUGGGACGCGGUGAAGGACAACGCGAACGCAGCAGAAGAUGACAAGAAGGGAAAGAAACGGGCAGUGGAAGAGAGCUGGGGAUGGGAUGAAGGACGAGAGGCAAAGAAGACAAAAGGCGAGGAGGAGAAGGACAGGAACUGGGGCUGGGAUGUGGUGCCGGUUGGAGAAGAGGAAAGGCAGGCAUCUGAGAGUGCAGAGAGCCCGAGAGAGGAAGAAGGAAGACAGCCGACACUGGGAACGAUGUUGCUGCAGCUGGGGAUUGCGCCCGAGACGUUUGGCUGGAGCGAGGAAGAAGGGGCGUUUGUUGACAAAGAAGCUUAA